AUGUCUCACAACCAAGAGAGUACACCCACCCAAAAAUCUAAAACCGAAGCUCAAUUCCAAAAAGUACAGAGCGUUGUAAACACCAAGAAAGUACCCAUCCAAAAAUUCAACUCGGAAGCUCAAUUCCAAAAAGUACAAGUGAAGCUACCUGAAAAAGAGAAAAAGUACCCACCUGAAAAUCCAAACCCAAAAGCUCAAUUCCAAGAAGUGGGUUACCCACCCGAAAAUCCAAACCCGGAAGCUCAAUUCCAAAGAGUACAAGCAAAGUUACCUGAAAAAGAGAAGUGGAUGUUAGUUAAACACACCAUACAACCAAGAAAGCCAAUUCCAAAGAACAAGCAAAAGCAAAAAGAGCGUUGUAAACACCAAGAAAGUACUCAUCCAAAAAUCCAACCCAGAAGCUUAAUUCCAAAAAAAAGCCAAUUUCAAAGAACAAGUGAAAGCAAAAAGAGCGUUGUAAAUGCCAAGAAAAUACCUACCCGAAAAUCCAAACCCAGAAGCUCAAUUCCAAAGAGUACAAGCGAAGCUACAAAAAAAGAGAAAAAGUACCCAACCGAAAAUCCAAACCCGGAAGCUCAAUUCCAAAGAGUACAAGCAAAGCUACCUGAAAAAGAGAAGUGGGUAUUAGUUAAACACGCCAUACAACCAAAAAAGCCAAUUCCAAAGAACAAGCGAAAGCGAAAAGAGCGUUGUAAAUACCAAGAAAGUACCCACCCAAAAAUCCAACCCAGAAGCUCAAUUCCAAAAAGUAUAGGCGAAAGUUACCUGAAAAAGAAAAGUGGGUGUUAG